AUGGAACAAAAACAUCAAGACCUUAUUAAGGCAAACUACUCGACACUGGUGAAGAAGAUGCUGGCUGUUCCUGUUGCAGGACAUCUUUACGCCUCAAAUAUAAUUACCGAUGAAAUGAGACAACAGAUAGACGCAGAGAAAACCAACUAUGACAAAAGCAGAAAAUUGAUCAGCAUCAUUUUACGCAGAGGUUCAAGGGCAUUUAUGGGACUUAGAACGGCAUUAAUGAAAGCCAAUCAAGCCGACUUAUCCCGACUCCUGAUAAAUAAAGAUGAUGACACAAAGACUGAGUACGAAAAGAAGUUGGCCAUGGCAAGAUCAUUAGUCAUUAGUACUAAAGAAAGAAGAGGUUCCUUAAACGGAGCAAAGAAAACUGAUCAACAUUCUCGAGAGCCAAGAUGUAGGAUAAGUUUGGACGAAUUUAAUGACUUAUUCCUCACCGUCAUGCCUUUCAAGGGGGAGAUGUACGUUCACAUCCGUCAUCUAGUAGAAUCACAUGGUCGUUUCAUUGCCACCAAAAAGGGAGUUACCUUUCCCUUAGCCCGUUGG